AUGGAGAAAGUGAAGAUCACAAGUCUUAGAGGAUGGGCUAAAAUGUUAGGCGCAGUUAUCUGCAUUACUGGUUCGCUGGUUUUCACCUUCUGGAAAGGAGGAUAUCUGUUCCAAAGUAUUGAGAGCAGGCCAUUGAUAAACAUUAAUAGCACCAAAGGUUCUGCUGGUGAGUACAGGCAUGCUAAAGAAAACUGGAUCAAGGGUUCUGCACUUAUUCUUACAAGCAAUAUUGCAGGGAGUGCGUCGCUAAUUCUCCAGGCUGUGGUUCACAAAGUCUAUCCAGCUCGUUUAUCGCUGAACACUUUGAUUUGCUUCUUCGCAUCAAUCCAAUCUUCUUUCCUUGCACUGUUUUGUGAAAGAAAUCCCGCAAUGUGGAAGUUGGAGUGGAAUGUGCAGCUCGUGACCAUUAUAUACUGUGGAGUAGUGAUCGCAGCAUUAGUCUACUACCUGCAAACAUGGUGUAUUAGUCACAACGGACCAGUUUUCGCAGCAAUGUUUACUCCACUACAAGUUGUCUUCGUCGGAAUAUUCUCAGCAAUUGCUUUUGCAGAAAGAAUUCAUUUGGGAAGCAUGAUAGGAACAGGUCUUAUUGUUCUUGGCCUUUACUGUGUACUGUGGGGCAAAAGGCAGGACGAAAAUGCUGCUAAGCAGCCUGAUGAAGGAAAAGGCAUCGGCGAUAAUAGAACAUUGGAGAUUUCUAUGGAUGACUACGCGUUAGCGAAUCCUGACCCAAGCGAAAGGAAGUGA